AUGGCUUCGGUUUCCGUUGAGCUCCAUACGCCCAUCACGGGUAAAUUCACCCAACCUACAGGACUGUUCAUCAACAAUGAAUUCGUCCCGGGUGUCGAUGGCAGGACCUUCGAGGUCAUCAACCCUUCCACAGAAGAAGUCAUCACCUCCGUCCACGAGGCCACAGAGAAGGAUGUCGACAUUGCUGUAGCAGCGGCGCGCAAGGCUUUCGAGGGCACAUGGAAGCAGACGACACCAGAGCAGAGAGGCAAGUACCUCGUCAAGUUGGCCGACUUGAUUGAGGAGAACAAGGAUCUCUUGGCCGCCGUUGAAUCGCUCGACAAUGGAAAGUCCAUCACAAUGGCGAGAGCUGAUGUCGGAGCGGUCGCUGGUGUCAUUAGAUAUUAUGGUGGUUGGGCCGACAAGAUUGAAGGCAAGGUGAUCGACACAAACCCAGACACCUUCACCUACACAAAACAAGAACCCAUUGGUGUCUGCGGUCAAAUCAUCCCAUGGAACUUCCCUCUGCUCAUGUUCUCAUGGAAGAUUGGUCCCGCGAUCGCUACUGGUAACACCGUUGUCAUCAAAACCGCCGAACAGACUCCUCUCUCUGCCCUGAUUGCCGCAAGGCUGAUCAAGGAAGCUGGCUUCCCACCAGGAGUCAUCAACGUCAUCACUGGCUUUGGAAAGAUUGCCGGUGCAGCCCUCUCAGCCCACAUGGAUGUUGACAAGGUUGCGUUCACCGGUUCUACGGUUGUUGGCCGUCAAAUCAUGAAGGCCGCUGCCUCAUCCAACCUGAAGAAGGUCACCCUCGAACUCGGUGGCAAGUCUCCAAACAUUAUUUUCAACGACGCUGAUAUCGAGAACGCCAUUUCAUGGGUGAACUUUGGUAUUUUCUUCAACCACGGACAAUGCUGCUGUGCUGGUUCCCGCGUCUAUGUCCAGUCCGGUAUCUACGACAAGUUUGUUGAGCGAUUCAAGGCUCGCGCCCUUGCCAACAAGGUCGGCGACCCAUUCCUCCCCGAUACCUUCCAAGGCCCACAGGUCUCCCAACUCCAAUACGACCGUAUCAUGGGUUAUAUCCAAGAAGGAAAGAAGGCUGGUGCCACCGUCGUGACGGGUGGCGAGCGUCACGGUGACAAGGGAUACUUCAUCCAACCGACCAUCUUCUCCAACGUCACCGAGGAUAUGAAGAUUAUGCAAGAAGAGAUCUUCGGCCCCGUCUGCUCAAUCGCCAAGUUCGACACUGAAGAAGAGAUCAUCAAGACCGCCAACAACUCCAUCUACGGCCUCGCAUCUGGUAUCCACACCAAGGACCUCAACACCGCCAUCCGUGUCGCAAAUGGCCUCCGUGCUGGUACCGUCUGGAUCAACCAAUAUAACAUGCUCCACCACCAGAUCCCAUUCGGUGGGUACAAGGAAUCGGGUAUGGGACGAGAACUUGGUGAGGCUGCGCUGGCGAACUACACGCAAGUUAAAUCGGUCUCUAUGCGCUUGGGUAAUGCUCUCUUCUAG